GGGGAGGUGACAUGUGCUCCUAGCCGUGAAGAACGUACAGCUUUAGCACGUGAGAAGGCGAAGGAAGGACAUGCCGGGGAGUCCUCCGUUACUCACCGAUAUUCAGGGUGCGCUGACAUUAUACUAGUCCCUGUCCUGAAUGCUGCAGAAGCCGCGGCGGUGUGCAGACUGCGCAAGUCAUCAAGGCGCCAUCUCCAGGACCCGCUGCGAUGCAAGAUGAAAACGCGGGGUCCCGCGUUCAAAGCUUACUAAGAAUUUCAAGACGGCCACGGCAGAGGAUGAAGCCAAGCCUGGGUCCCUUCUGAGCGCUGGACCCUGUGCGACUGCUCAGGUCGCACGGUCAGGAAGCUGGCGGGAUACGUGUGUGACUUCCUGUCCCUGUUGGUUUCAAGUCGCCGACGACUUCACUCGGAAUGGCAGGUCGUUUGCUCCCCAAUUCAGAGGGGGAAGUUGAGGCCAGAGAGAGGGCGAUGGCUGGUCGGGGCGAGAACCUCAGAACCCGCGCCGCCCGCUCACCUGGCGAUCCCGACACCACCUCGCCCCAUAUUUAGUUCCGCGGGCGGGGGGAGGAAAAGUGGAAAAGGCGAGCCGUUGUCAAGGAGACGCACCCCGCAACUCCUGAUUGGCGGAGAGCUCAGAUCCCCUCCUCCUUGCCUGCCUGCUGGUCGGGCCCCGGAGGCCCUAUUUCGUGAACGCGGGGGACUGUCCAGCCUCCCCAGGUCUCCACGACAAGACCGCCAUGACUCCUCCUCCUUCCUCCACUGGCCCUACUGCGCGGCUUCGCCUCGCCUGCGCAUGCUCGAGGGUCGCGCGCGGGCCCAUGGGAGGCCCCCUCUUGCAUUCUGGGAAAUGAAGUCCAAUAUCUGGAGACCGUCCGUGAUGCCUAGUGGUGCUGAGAGGGUGCGCCGGCGAGGACCAAUAGGACGCUAGCAGCGUUUCCGUGCAUCUUGGGAAGUGUAGUUCUGGCGCUGGCCGAGACAUUGGGGCGGGGCCCGAGACGGCGAAGGCCAAUGGAAAGCCAUCCUGGGCACGAUGCAUUCUGGGAAGCGUAGUUCCGGGUGCUGCCGUCCCCCUCCCCAGAAGGCUGAGCCGCCAGCCCCCAUGGAGCUCCCAUCCCCCCAGCAGGUCGUGGGACCCCUGCCCGUGAAGCAGGAGGGCCAGGCUGCCGAGGGCCUGGCCCUGGACUCCCCGUGGCGCCGCUUCCGCCACUUCCACCUGGGCGACGCGCCGGGCCCCCGGGAGGCGCUGGGCCUGCUCCGCGCCCUGUGCCACGCCUGGCUGCGGCCCGAGGUGCACACCAAGGAGCAGAUGCUGGAGCUGCUGGUGCUGGAGCAGUUCCUGAGCGCCCUCCCCGCGGGCGUGCAGGCCUGGGUGCGCGGCCGGCAGCCCCGGAGCGGGGAGGAGGCGGUGGCCCUGCUGGAGGAGCUCUGGGGACCGGCAACCUCCCCGGAUCGCCUGACAGAGACAAGGGCACCUCGGGAUGUGACUGAAGGCUCUGGCGUCAGCGCUGGGAAAGAAGAAGGUGGGCUGGUUCCUGCAGAUGAGGACGUGGUCACCCGUGGCAAGCCUUGUGUUUUCCCAUCUUUGUACAAUCACAAGCUCUUUGCCUCCUGUACCCGGAUCGGGGGGCUGACGCGAAGGCCCUGGUGUGCGACAACUGACAACUAUGACAGAGAUGCCGAAUGGAAAUACUGCUCAGCAAUGGCUGAUGGUGGCAGCUCAGGGGGGCAGCCUUGCUAUUUCCCCUUCAUUUAUCAAGGUCGAGAAUUCCACACAUGCGUCCGCGAUCAACGACAGCCCAUGAAAUACUGGUGCUCCACCACAGCCAACUAUGACUGGGACGGGCAAUGGAGCUUCUGUCCAGACACAGCCCUUGGAGAGAAUCCCUCUAAGCUCCCUUGUGUCUUCCCUUUCAUCUACCGAGAGAAGCUGUACCACCGCUGCACUGAUGCCGGGAGCGGCGAGGGCACUCCCUGGUGUGCAACCACCAGCAACUACGAUGUGGACAAAAAAUGGCGGCCAUGUCACAUGGAAGUUUUGAGUGAGUUGUUCUAUGGACCCAAAUGCGUCUUUCCCUUUGUAUUCAAGGGACGGAAACACAGCAUGUGCAUCAGCAGGGGGCAUGGAUCUCGGCAUCCUUGGUGCUCCCUGACCGAGAAUUAUGAUGUGGACAGACAGUGGGCGUAUUGCUCGCUUCAAGCCUCACAGACAAGCCCUCCUUGUGUGUUCCCGUUCCUGUACCGCGGGGUCCUGUACAGCGGCUGUACUAGCGCCAAUGAGCUGCACCACAGGUUCUGGUGUGCCACCACGGGCAAUUACGACCGUGACCACCACUGGACCUUUUGCCCCUCGUAACUCAGCAGAUCAGCAACUAAGAAUCCAGAACAACAAAGAGUCAAAGCAAGAAAGGCCUGCUGGCUGGAGUCAGUAGAGGGCCGAUUGAACUUUGUUGUUGAUUCUUUGUCGUUUACACUGAUCGAAGAAUCCCCAGAAGCCUUUUAAAGCACCCGUCACUGAGUGUUGCGGGGAAUGUCAUGUGUGAUGGAAUCAGCAAGCUUUGAGGUUUGGGACAGUCUCUGGAUGUGCUGCUUGGAGAAUGCUGAGGUUCUGUCGUAUGAUUUGUCCUCCUCUCUUGGGUGAUCCCUGAAGAUAACAGCCAAAUCUAAUUUUUCGUGUUUCCCAAGAGUGCCCAGCAGCGUGAUAUGCUUGCAUUAAGUACUUGAUACAUACUAAAAGAAUGAACAAUUUUCCUCCAAACAAUGUACAAGAAUUUUCAGAUGGUUAUGUGCCCAUGGUAGGCAGAACGGGAAUAUUUUAUCAACCCAGAAUUACUGAUUGUGAAAUGGAUCCAGAUUGGUUGCCACCACAUCCCUAUUUCUGCUGGCAGGAAGGGGGAAAGGGAAGGAAAAAACACAUUUUUCUCUUAAGGACACAAUCUUACAUGGGUCCAGAUAGCUCUAAAAUUUUUAUUUAUGUAAAGCAUUAAUUUUCUUUUAUUAUUAAGGCUGUUUUGAGUUAGGUCUUCUGCUAGAUGUAACUAAAAGCCGACUAGUCUUCUCCUUAAGUUAGCUUAAGUGGGUUCCUCUUUCUUGAAAGCCAGUGACUCCUGCUCAAAGCACUGUGUUUAUUUAUAGCCAUUGGGGGAGUUAAAAUAAGGAAAACCAAACCAGAAGAAGUAAUAUACCUAGACACAUGCGUGUGGAGGGAGAUGCUGGCACGUUGGUAAAUGAACUAAUAACCUUCCCAUGUGAAAUGAGAGCUGAUAGAGGGAAACACAGCUCGGCUUUUUCCUGGAGGUCCUUAAAUCCCACAAUAAUAGAAGGUUACAUUGGAGGUGCUUUAGACAUCUAGUCCAGGGAAGUUUCAUGGUUUUUUGGGACAUCACCAGUUUGUUUGAGAAUCUUCUGAGAGCCAUGGGCAUGUGCGCUAGUUAGGGAAGAACAGAUAAAGGCUCAGCCACAGUAGAGCUGAAUUUGUCACUCAUGUAUAAUCCAGAAUGGAAGUUAUGGAUCGGGAGACAGUGAUUCAAGAAACCAGGCUCCUUUUCUUUCGUGACGUCACCAUAUUUGCACAGUUCGCCCGUAUCAACACAGCUGAAAAGGAAGGAUAUGGGUGAUUAUGGAAGGGAGCCUGGAAGUGACAUGUAUCAUUUUUUGCUUGUGUCUAGUUGGAAUUCAGUCACAUCAAUAUAUCCACUUGCAUGGGAGGCUGGAAAAUGUAGUCUAGGUCUGCCCAGAAAGAAGAGGAAAUAGAUUUUGUGAACAGGUAGCCAGUCUCUAUUACAACUGAAAACAGGGCAGAUGAAAAGUAGCAGCUGAGCAGAGAGUGGGUAGCCCACGUUUUAUUUGGAGGGUUAGACAGAGCCCACAGAAUGCAGGAUCUGUGGGCUAUGGCCAUGAGUUUAAACUUUAUUUCAAGGAUGGCAGGAAGCCUUUAAGCUUUAAAAGUAAGGGGGGACAUGAUCAGAUAUGUGUUUUCAAAAGAUUGCUCAAAUCGCUGUGUGCAGAAUGUACUGUAGGAGGCAUAAGAAUGGAGAGAGUUAGAGAGUCAUUCCCAGGGUUGUAAGGGCAGAGAAAGCAGAAUGAGUCCCUGUAUUGAUAUAUUAGGGCCACAGAAUUUGCCACUGGGGAAGAGCCAAUGCAGAAAUUCUGUAGUUUCAGAUAAGUAAUGCUUUUUUCUCUCAUUUUUUUUUUAAUUAGAGAAGUGUAGGUUUAAAGAAAAAUCAUGCAUAAAGCACAGAGUUCCCAUAUAUCCCUCCCGAGUUUUCUCUAUUAUUAACA